ACUUUCCUCCUUUCAUUUUUAUUUUCUUUCUCACAGAUAGAUUUUCCUUGUAAUUUGUAUUUUGCAUUUGCUGUUUACUUUACAUUUUUACAAAUAUUUUACUUUACGUAGUCAAAAUAUUGAAAUUAAUGACUGUGAUUUUAGACUCGUUUUAAACCACUAGAGAUCCAAGUAGUAUAAUUUCACAAUGAACACAGACAAGGAUUAUAAUGAUGUAGAUACGAUUAGUAUAAAUACACUUUAUCUCGAAACUAAACUUAAAGAGGACAGGUUAAAGGAAAUGACUAAACUAAAAACGCUUAGCAAAACCGUCUGCAAUCUCCAUACAAAUAUACUGUACUACAGAAACGCGUCAACUAAACGAGGUGCUGUGUGUUACGAAUCAUGGAAAUGUCUUAUCAAAUCAAUUGGGGGCUCCCCAAAUACUUGGAGGGAGCUGGGUUGUUCUCUAGGCGUCGCUCAAGAGGAUCUUAAUUAUAUAGAAAAUUCAGUUAAAGAUGAUCCACCGGCAGAUAUAGUAAUAAAAGUGUACAUGCAAAAUGAAUCCGCCACAUUAGACAAAAUAGUGAAUGCCUUGGAAAAAAUGCAAAGGUAUGACAUUCUUAAGUCUAUUGAGGAACCGUUCUGCAACUUGAGCCAAUAUUUCAAUAAAAAAGAAGACAGUGGUUACCAAAGUGGCAGUAAAAUUAGGAAUAAAACUAUAUACUUUUCUAAUGAAGUAAAGAAUGACUUGCCUGCAGCGCUUAAUAAAAAUUAUGUUAUAAAAGACAAGGACCCAAAACCAAAUCAUCCUACACGAAGACCACCACCCAAUGACAAUGUAGAAGAUGAUGAUAAUUGUCCAAUUCUGUUUUUAACUUACACAGAAGAUGGUUUAGACACAGCUAUAAACAUUCAACACUAUAUCAAUGACUGGGAAGGCCAGAAAGUGAAGGUUAUAACUUUGUGUAAUAGAAAGGACCAAGUAUAUCAAAAUCCAGAAAAGUUUAUUAGGAAAUAUUUUGAAAAGGCAGACUUCAUAGUACCAAUAAUAACAUCAGGAUAUUUGAACAGUAUAAACCCUCUUUCACCUCACGAGCCCAGCACAGACGAUAACUUAGACUAUAAGUAUGUAAAUUUCAUCUACAAUUUAAUAAUCAAUUACUACAUACACGCCACUGGAUGCUUGAAUCACAAAGUUAGGAGUGUACUGCCGUAUGGAGUUAACAUCAAUGUACUAAAGGAAAUCACUAUGUACCCUGAUUUAUUACCAUUCACACAUGAAUCAAAUUUUAAUGAUCAUUUUAAGGUGUUUCUGGAGAAAAAACGUUCAGCUUAGCAACUUUAGAAUUUGAACUAUCGUGAGUGUUAUUCAUAUUGAUUGAUAAUGAAACAAGGCUUAAACUCACGUAAUACAAUGUCGGAGUAUGCCCGACAAGUUUCGAACACAUACGGGGCCCUUAGUCAUGUGCUGGUUCAUGAAGCGCGCGCCGCCCGCUCACAGCGCACAUUGGGAGAGGGGCUGACGGGUGGGGAGUGAAGGUUCUGUUACACUCUCCAACGGUUCAUAAAUGUUAUCUUGUAUGGAUCCGUGUUCUUGUAAACAAACCGAACUAAUACUAUUUUGUUCCAAGUUUGUUAUUUGUGACAUAGAAUGAAAUAGCGGUUUCCAAGCUGUAGGCAGAAACCAUCCAUGAUCAAGAUUAGAAUUUACUAUAAAAAAUCUUGCCACUGGAUGCUAUUAUGUUAAGUAUUAGUGAAAAUCACAAUAUACUUUGAGUUAGCAUACACUAAUAAUGUGUUUAACAUACACAUAUAUCACUUAUGAGUUCCAAAAUGGCUGAAUGGAUCUGCAUGAAAUUUGGUACAGUGAAAAAGAUAAGAAAUACCACAAUACUACUCUUUAUCUAUCUUUAUUUUUAAUGUGGUAACUAGUAUGUAAAAAGUAAAGAGGGGACUGGAUUAUUUGUUGGCUUUUAAAUUAUAUGACCUUAAUACAAGGGACCUUGAAUAAGUUCUCGCUGUUUUAUUAAUAUAAUAGCGGGCCCAGUCAAGCUUCGCUUGACUGUGCGAUUCUUCCCUAUCCCUACCCUACCCCUCUCCUAUCCCUAAUUAAAUAAAUUUAUCAACCUUUUAAACCUUCCCUAUACCUCCACAAACAUUUUAAAACCAAGAUAAGAUAAAUCCGUCCAGCCAAUCUCUAGUUUUAGUGAGACUUACGAACAGCAAUUAAUUUUUAUAUAUAUGGUAUUACCUGCAGGCUAAUACCAUAAUGUAAAAAUGUCAUCCCCUGAAACCAAUGCUUACAGGUGGAUAUCACAUAGUAGGUAAAUGACAUUUUGUCAAUUUAUUUGAUGUUUUUAUAGGUAAUAGGUUGAUAAUAAAGACCAAAAUAGUGAAUAAGCCAGCAGUACCUACUAGAUGCGGACUGUAAGGUUUCACUGUAACAAGCUACAGGGUAUUUUAAUUUGCCAUAGUGUAAACAACGGUUAUUUUGUUGGCCCUAAGCAUGUGUAGUUGUGUGCAAAAUAUAGUGCAUUUGUGGGGAAUUAUAUUGCACCACUUUAUUCUUAAGAAAUCUGCAAUUUAAGUAUUGUUAAUUCUUGUGACGACAAUUCUCUAUCAGAUGCACAUAGAGACAGGCUUAUCUAGUUAGUUAAAGUUGUUGUACUCGAUAACCUAUAUAAAGUUAAAAUAAAAAGUUUUUGUACUCGUUAACCUAUAUCAGACUUUAUUAGAAUGUCAUAACAAGUUUAAAAGUCAACAGUUUCAAUCAGCAUUUAGGAAUGUUCCAGGAACAAGGACUUUAGGUGCCACAAGUUCAAGCCAAAAGUUUGCGUUUUCUGACUUAUGACUUAUUAAUGCUUAAGGCAGAAAAUGAAGUGGAUAGGUACCAUAUGACAAUGGAUUUGUGUCAAUAAAUAGAAAACAAAGUAUCUAUGUUUUGAAUAUUCUUCCCCACAUUUGAUAAAUAGUAUUAUUUAUCACAACAUGCUCAAAACCUAAUGUAAAUAAUAUGGUAGAUUAGUAUUGGCUUCAGUUGACAAUUUUAAUUUCAAG